AACUAUUGACCAAUGAUAAAUAUACUUACAGCACCCUUAUGUAACCCACAUAUAAUACCAAUAUUAAAAUACAUUCAAUUUCAAGUUUCUCAAACUUAUAAUGUUACAAUUUUAAUACGGUUUCGAGAAUUUGCUUUAAAUUAAGUAAGUAUUUUGUAGGAUAUUUUAGUAAAAUUAUAGUGUCGAAAGCAGCAUAGCAAUUUAGAAGAUAGUAUACAAGAUAUCCACUACCUAUUUUUAUUUUUUUUUGUUUCGACUUGUCUGUUUCUGUUAGCCCUAUUGGCUUUUAAAGCGUCACCGGCAGGGGGAAAUAAUGAGUGUGUCCUGUUAAAAACAUUAGAAAAUUUUAAGGGAACCUAUCACGUAAUAUUUUAUUAAAAAUAUGUUGUUAAGGCUCUUAAUACUUACAUUCUUGCUUAUGCAGAUCAGUUAUGUUGUAUAAAUAAGCAUUCACAAAUUAUAAAAUUUAUUAAUAUCUAGAAUUAAAAAUUAUGAGACAGAACGGGUGUUAAAUUUUCAAAUACUAUUAUUGCGAAACAUAGGCCAAAUCCUCAUAAACAAGAGUUGAUCGUAAACCUACUCUGGAGUCCCGAUUUAAACUAGUAUCCAGAAGCGAUCGCCCGCGAUGGUCGCUCACAGAGUUCAGCUUUUUAGUCAAAUGUAUUUAAUUUAUAUAAUUAAAAUAAAGUUUUAAUGUUUAAAUAAAGGUUUAUUUAAUAUUGGUAACAACCAAAAAAUUUAUAAUAAAAUAAUGUUUAUGUUCAAUUAAAUGGACGAAUGUUUUAUUUAUAUAAUUAAAGAUUUAGUGAAAUUUUUGUUUUUUUAUAAAUAUAACGUUCGAGAGUCCAGAGAAUUAAAAAGAUGUCCCGGAGAGAGACAAGAGUAGAACGUGCUGUAUGUCCACCACCUCCACCCAGCAAGUGCGCUAAGGUGUUGUAUUACACAUGGAAGCUAUGUUCUGUGGUGUUUUCGCACUUUGUAAUGAUAAGUUUGGUGAUAGCCUACUGUAUUCUUGGAGCUGUGACUUUCGAAAAACUAGAGGCGCAGAAUGAGAGAGAGGUUAAGAAGAAUAUCUCACAAAUCCGUGGCAAUACCACUCAUAGUAUUUGGUUCAUGACGAACAGAGUUCCAUAUCUCAAUCAAACAAACUGGACUGCAGAAGUCGUCGAUAUGUUGAAGGAUUUUGAAAACGCUAUCCUCUUAGAGAUGAAAGUUCGUGGUUGGGAUGGAAACGAGAGCACUGAACAGAUUCAAUGGACCUUCACCGGAGCACUCUUUUAUUCGAUUAUCGUUAUUACUACUAUAGGGUAUGGUCACAUCGCUCCAAAGACUCAGACAGGAAAAGUUGUGACAAUUUUUUAUGCGAUUCUUGGUAUACCUUUGAUGUUGCUUUGUCUUUCAAAUAUUGGUGACGUCAUGGCUUCAUCCUUCAGGUUUUUAUAUUGGCGUGUAUGUUGUUAUGUUUGCACUCGACCACCGAAACAAAGACGUCAUCAUCACAGAUAUAAAGCCGCUAGAGGUGGAAGCAUGCGGGGUUCUGUGAGACGUAAAAAACCGUUAGAAAGAUCACAUUCUGACACCGAUUGUCGAUAUCGUGACAGUGGGUAUAACAGCGCGAAACCACGUCGUGUUCGUCCCUUCCCAGCGGCUGUUGCCAGUCCUCCACGAACUAGAUCACAACCACCUUUAAAUUCCAGACCUGGUUUAAGAGAUUUUGAAUUAGAAGAUCGAUCUCCUGUUAGAUAUGAAAAAUAUGGAAGAGAACCAUAUUAUGAUGAUGAAGAAGAUUUUCCAAAAAUAUCUUUACCUUUACAAGACUUGCAUGCUGCCCUCAAAGAUUUGGAAGAUUAUCAAAGUAAGGUCACUUCCAAACCAGAAUUUCGAAGCAAGUCUUUACCAAGACCAACAAAAUCGAAACCAGAUUUUGGACCUCGGCGUGAUUUUGAUGAUCAAAGACAUUUUGAUUUCGAUGAGGAGAAAGAAAUUUAUGAAAUGCAUGAUCUACAUGAUGUUGAUUAUGAGAAUUAUAGAGAGAGAAAAGCGAAGGAAGAAAGAGAGAGAAGACGUAGAGAACGAGAUGAUUACAUAUAUAGAGAAAGGGAUUAUGAUCCUGAAGAUGAAGAUUUUGAGUUUGACAUACCUAGAAACAGAAGAGUAGCCAUGGAAAGAAGAAAAGAUCGAGGAAGAUCAGAAUAUAUAGAGCGAGAUCUAGAAGAAUAUAUUGAUAAACGUGGGCGAGGGCGACGUGCAAAAAGUGCCGUAGACUAUGAUCGCCGAUGGGAAGAAGACGACAGAGAUGUUGAAAGAGGUCAUGGGAGAAGAUUACGACGUUUGCAUACUGUGGAUGACAGUGUACCGUUGCCUUAUAGAUAUACGCCGACACCGGAAAGAGAUGACUAUAGUGACGAGUUACCACCAUUACGACGCGAUCGCCCUGCGGUUUGGGGUUCCCGUCAGUCGGAAAUAUAUGCUGCAUCUGUCAAGGAAGAAAUAAAACCAGUACCUAUUUGGCUUUGCGUGUUUCUCGUGGCAUCCUAUAUAGUAGCUGGCACGUUCCUGUUCAAACGAUGGGAGAAUUGGGAGUACCUUGAUGCUGCUUACUUCUGUUUUAUAACCCUCACUACGAUUGGUUUCGGAGAUUUCGUACCUGCACAGGGCCAGAGUGGAGCAGCGGGGGAUGCAGUUCAUUCCAUAGCUCUUUGUUCUUUGUAUCUUCUUUUCGGUAUUGCUCUUUUAGCAAUGUCCUUUAAUCUUGUCCAAGAAGAAGUAAGAGCAAAUGUUGCCGCGGUUGCGAUGCGACUUGGAAUAAUCAAACCUAGAAAUAAUGAUGAUAAUUAUUAGGUUUAUAUUAAUAAGUCCAUACAAUUUUAUAUAUAUUUUUAUGUAAAUUUAUUAUUUUGUUACACUUUUUCAAUUGUAUAUUAAAUGAGCCAAAACAUUUUUUUGUUGCUGAAUAUUUUAAAAUAAAAAAGAAGUUUCUUUUGGAAUAAAA